GGAGGUGUUUAUUACUAGGGAGCAGUGCUAAACCCUUCCCCAGAGGGGAGCAAAGGGUGUUGGAAGAUCCCUCGCCAUUUUGGUUCAAGCGCUUCUGGCCCGAGCGCCCAGACCGACGCGAGCUGACCAGAGGCCUGGAACCAGCGAAGCGCCAUGGAGAAGGCAGCCGGUAUGCCUUCGAAAGCCCUCGGCCUCAAGGGGGAUAAAACCAGCAGGGAGACCGUGCCGGUCGGCAAAGGCGGGGCCAAUCGCUACAAGAAGGUGCUUCGUGACAACAUCCAGGGCAUCACGAAGCCUGCGAUCCGCAGGCUUGCGCGCCGCGGCGGUGUGAAGCGCAUCAGCGGCCUCAUCUACGAGGAGACGCGCGGUGUCCUGAAGCAGUUCCUGGAGAACGUGCUGCGCGAUUCGAUCACCUAUACGGAGCACGCUCGCAGGAAGACGGUGAGCCCACUGGACGUCGUGUACGCGCUGAAGCGCCAGGGCCGCACCAUAUACGGCUUCGGCGUCUGAGCCGAGGGGGGCAGGUCCGACGCCCUCAGCUGACGGGAGACUUCGCAGUGCCUGCGGCGUCGUCUUCACCCGAGGAGCGUACUGCGCGCGGCUCGGACAGAGGCAGGCCGCUGGCAGUGAGGUGCUUUUGGGGUUGGCGCUUGUUCUCUGCCUCGGGGCCCCAUAAACCACGCUUCGAUCACAGCCUGCGCGUCCUGAGACUGGUCAGGGCAGUGCUGCUUCGUGCGCAUUUGGGGCUGCGCAGUGGAGCGAUGGGCACCACCGCCGCAGCCGCCUUCUCGCGGCUCGGCCGUGGUUCACCCCGCGGCGCACGCGCCCGUGUACGAGUGAAUUGCCCGUCAUUGGACCCAGCGUGCCAGAAAUUAAGGGGGUCUGAACAGGAAACGCUCUAAACGACUCACGCCCUAAACUGCUGGUGAGACUACGGAGAGUCAAGCGCAACGCAGGGGAUUCCUGAUCAUCGAAUAUGGCUUUGCUUGAACUUUCCUUCCUCUCUCCUCCUCCUCCUCCUCCUUCCACAUCGC